AUGGAGAUGCAAUCCUAUUAUUCGAAGCUCUUGGGGGAGUUGAAUGAACAGCGGCAGAGGGACUUUUUCUGUGACUGCAGCAUCAUUGUGGAAGGGCGGAUCUUCAAGGCCCACAGGAACAUCUUGUUUGCUAACAGCGGCUACUUCCGAGCCCUGCUCAUUCACUACAUCCAGGACAGUGGGCGGCACAGCACCGCCUCCUUGGACAUUGUCACCUCCGAUGCCUUCUCCACCAUCUUGGACUUCCUCUACUCUGGGAAGUUGGAUCUGUGUGGGGAGAAUGUGAUUGAAGUUAUGUCAGCUGCCAGCUAUCUGCAGAUGAACGACGUGGUGAACUUCUGCAAGACAUACAUCAGAUCGUCCCUUGACAUCUGCCGAAAGAUAGAGAAGGAGGCGGCUGUGGCUGCAGCGGUGGCGGCUGCCGCAGCAGCGGCAGCAGCAGCCGCGGCCGCAGCGGCUCAUCAGGUGGACAGCGGAAGCACCAGUUCAGGCAGGGAAGGGACCUCCGGUGAUCCCAAGAGCUUGGUCUCUCCAGCGGAGGGGGAGGAGAGUGUGGACCAGCCAAGAGAGUCUCCCUGCGGUGACUGUAGAGGCUGCCACCCUCUGGAACUGGUGGUAAAAGACAGCCAGGGCAGUGGCUCUGUGGACAGUGACCUCUCCACGCUGCCCAAACAGAUAGAGCCCAAGGUGGAGUUUGAUGCCGACGAAGGAGAGGUGGAGGCUGGGGGACAGCUGCAGCAGUGCGCUGCUCCACUGAGCCUGGCCCAUGUGGAGGGGGGUUUGCCCAGAGGCCAGGCUGUUGACUUGGCUUACAGUAAUUACCACGUGAAGCAGUUCCUGGAGGCGCUCCUGCGCAACAGUGCCGUCCAGAGCAAAGAGGGUGUGGGCCAUCCCUUUUCCCGGAGUUUGGAGGGAAGACCAGAUAGUGCAGGAGUAGCCAUGAGUUCCGUGAUGGACAUGCAGACUGACUGGUAUGGAGAGGACUCAGGUGAGGUGCUGGUGGUGCCCAUCAAGCUGCACAAGUGUCCUUUCUGCCCCUACACUGCCAAACAGAAGGGCAUCCUGAAGCGGCACAUCCGCUCGCACACGGGGGAGCGGCCCUACCCCUGUGAGACCUGUGGCAAGAGGUUCACACGCCAGGAGCAUCUGCGGAGCCACGCACUCAGCGUCCAUAGAUCCAACCGUCCCAUCAUCUGCAAGGGCUGCAGAAGAACCUUCACGAGUCACCUAUCGCAGGGGCUGCGGCGCUUCGGGCUGUGUGACAGCUGCACCUGCAUGACAGACACACACGACGAUGACGAGCUGAUGCCCAUCAACCUCAGUCUGGUGGAGGCAUCGUCCGAGAGCCAAGAAAAGAGUGACACAGACAAUGACUGGCCAAUCUAUGUGGAGUCUGGUGAGGAAAAUGACACCGCUGGAGAGGAUUCUGACAACAGACCCCAAAGGCGGCCCAGUUUACCGGAUUGAGAGACACUCCCAUAGCAGGAGAUGGGCGGAGAAGAGGGUUUAGAAUUGGUUCUUGCUAAUUCUGUGAUUGACAGCCACCCUUUGUCCAAUGUGGUGGAGCCCUGAGAGAAAUGUGUUUUCACUGCUAAUGAUUUGUGUUUCUGUUAGACUGCAUGGUGGAGGUUGGAUUCUGAGACCCAAAGGACUAAUGACUUUUUAACCUGGUGCCCCAAGUUUCCCAAGACUUUCUUUUUUUUUUUUUUUUUUGUCGUCUUUUUGCUAUUUCUUGGGCCGCUCCUGCGGCAUAUG